AUGCACCGUGGAUCCUCUCCACCAAAUGUCCUCUCUCCCUCCAAACCAGACAUAUCCUUGACUAGCAAGUCGUUUUCAGAAAUUAGUUUCUAUUCGUCGGCACAGAGGGGAUCUACAUAUCAAGAACAGGAAGACGACUCCAAAAUAUCAAUCACUCCCGAAUUGCAACUCAUUUCUCCUGACGCCAAAAAUAUAAGUCCCAAUUCCAGACACGCAAGCCCUGAUUCCGGAGAAGCUUACUAUGAUUCAGCGCUGCGCGAAGAUUCCUCCACAUCAAGCAUUGCUUUUUCAGGGUUACAAACGGGGGUUCUAUUUGACGAGAGACUAUUGGCGCACGAAAAUUAUUUUUCUGAACACCCAGAAUGUCCUUCUAGAAUCCUAGCCAUUAAAGAGGCUUUGGAAAAGCAGGGGCUUCUCGAUCGAGUUUGUCAAGUUCCUGCUCGACCUGCAACAGAUACGGAGGUCCGGCUUGUUCAUCAAGCAGAUUAUGUCUCUUGGCUAGGCUCUACUGCCGUUAAGGAGGCAACAGAAUAUGAAAAGGAGUCAAUUUAUUACAAUCAACACACGUCAGAUUGCGCUCGUUUAGCCUGUGGAGGAGCCAUUGAAAUGGCAUCAAAAAUCGCAUCUGGAGAUCUUCUUAAUGGGUUUGCUGUGAUCAGACCCCCGGGCCACCAUGCAGAAUGUGGUCGAGCUUUUGGAUUUUGUUUCAUUAAUAAUGUUGCUGUCACGGCAAAAGCAAUCCAGCGCCAGUCGACACUUAAACGUAUCUUGAUUGUAGAUUGGGAUGUUCAUCACGGGAAUGGAACCCAGAACGCUUUUUUGAGCGAUCCAAAUGUGCUCUACAUCAGCAUUCAUCGGUUUGACGAUGGAGAGUUUUUUCCAUGCUCUCAAGAUGCUAGCAUGACGGUUGUUGGAGCUGGAGCUGGUAUCGGGCGCACUGUAAAUAUUCCUUUUUCAGACGAGGACAUGGGCGACGCAGAGUAUAUUGCUGCAUUCACUCGUAUCGUCCUCCCGAUCGCAUAUGAGUUUGAUCCUGAUAUGGUACUCGUUUCCGCUGGCUUUGACGCAGCCGAAAACGACCCGAUUGGAGAUUACCAUUUGAGUCCAGCAUGUUAUGCCCACAUGACACGCAUGUUGAUGAACUUGGCUGGGGGCCGCAUAUUGCUUCUGCUUGAAGGGGGGUACUCACUUGAGGCAUUAUCCAAUUGUGCAUGUGCCUGUCUGCGAGCCCUGCUUAUGGAUCCAUUGCCUCAAAUGCAGCUACGGCGUCCAGAUUCUGGAGCUCUUCACACCCUCAAUAGUGUCAUUAAUAUUCAAUCUCGAUAUUGGAAAAUGCUUGCAUCCUCCGCUUCGUCUUCAAACAUGCCGUUGCUGAAAGAUUCAAAUAUUAUGUCGCGAAAGGAAAAAAAAUCUUUAUACUCCAUCCAAGGUUCUAUUUGCAGUUUCUAA